GCAACCAGCCAAUUUAUCUCCCCAAUUUUGAACAAUUCGACAUGGCGAAAUUAGCACUCCUCUUCCUUUGAUCCCAUUUCUCGCUCCCUCUUCCCCCUUCUUUUAUUCCUUUUCAUUCCGUCGAUCUGUUGGCCAGAUGAAGAAAGGCCGAGUUCUGGUGGAGCCGGCGGCGGCAGUAGCGGAGACGCAGUUCCGCGGCGUGCGGAAGCGGCCGUGGGGGCGGUUCGCGACCGAGAUCAGGGACCCCUGGAAGAAGGUCAGGGUGUGGCUCGGAACCUUCGACUCGGCCGAGGCUGCCACUCUGGCCUACGACUCCGCCGCUCGCGCGUUCCGUGGUUCCAAGGCCAAGACCAACUUUCCCCUAGCCGCCGCCGCUGCGUCUCCCACCCCUACUCCUGCAUUCCGCUGCCCUCCCUCCGCUGACCCAACCCUAGGGUUUUGA